AUGACAAAACGGACAGACAAACGAACGGACACAAUCGAGCUGAGGAAGUUGGGAACUCCCUCAGAGGACGAGCUCUUGGCUUCCAGUCAAGAGACAGUUGAUGACAAAGCUGUGGGCCACAGCACGCCAUCAACUAUAAAUCAACCGAUCACAUCCGCUGAUGCCAAGGGGCAAAAGCGUCAAUACCCAAAAAAAGGCCCGUCUAGAUAUAAGCUUUACCAGCGGUCUCUAGCUAUUCUCGGCAGAAUAAGCAAAAAUGAGGCCGAAGGUAAAACUCAUCCCAAAGAUGCGGCCGAUAAGGCAAGGGGCCAAAAGGUGGUCGAUGAGUACCUGGCGUUCCAGGCCACCCAGAAGGCAGAAGCCGUUAAACGCAAUCGUUCGCAGGACGAGGGCUGUAAAACUGCGAAAAAGCACAAGACGUCUCACACUGCUCUGACGCCCAAACCAGCCAAACGCGCGUUUAACGAGGUGGCACGGGAUCACCUGCAAACGGCGUUGGUGGACGAGUUAACGAACCGCGGUAAACCUGCGUUAGAAAGGUGGUCCGAAAUCGAGGCACGGCUGUCUCGCAUUGUCGUUGAUCACGUCAUGGCAAGCCCGGAGGGUCAAGUGCCAGGUUAUGAUUCAAUGGAGGUGGUCCGUGGAUACAGGGUGAUCAAAUGCGACGAUCAGUUCUCUGUUGAUUUCCUUCAAAACGCUAUUAGCAAAAUCCAGAGCGACUGGGAAUGUUUGAGGCUCAAACUAAUCCCAGCCAGUGAGAUCCCAAGACGACCAAGGGCUCGUAUCUGGAUACCGAACAUGGAGUUCGAAGCUAAGCAGUUAAUACCAUACCUGCAAGCACACAACCGCACUGUUCCAAUGGAUGACUGGAGUAUCAUCAAAGCGGAGGUUCCGCAAAUGAACAGUGUGUCCUUCCUUCUCCAAAUCUCGGAGGAGAGUAUUGAGCCACUGGGAAAAGUGGACAACAAACUUCGGUUUGGCGUGAGAAAAGCGCAUCUGAAGUUAUUCCGUUCUGCAAAUCCGGAGGAUGAGCAGGACGAGGUUGACGACGCUAAUGAGUUGCUCAUGGGCAUGCAACUGGAAGAAGCCGGGUCCACCCAAAACAAUGGCGCUAAUGAGCAGCAUACGGGCAUGCAGCUUGACGCCCCCAAAAACGACCAGUAA